GGCCCACGGAGGGGCAUGCUUCCACGCACCAAGUACAACCGCUUCAGGAAUGACUCGGUGACAUCGGUCGACGACCUUCUGCACAACCUGUCGGUGAGCGGCGGCGGCAAGGUCUCGGCGGCGCGCGCGGCCCCGGCGGCGGCCCCCUACCUGGUGUCCGGAGACGAUGGGCCGGGCAGCCUGGGCCACCUGCUCCACAAGGUGUCCCACCUGAAACUCUCCAGCUCGGGCCUCCGCGGGCGCUCGGCGGCCAGGGCGCGGGCGGGCGCGCGGCUCUCGGGCAGCUGCAGCGCGCCCAGCCUGGCCGCCCCGGACGGCCCCGGCGCCCCGGCCAUGCGCGCCGCCAGGAAGGGCCGGCCCGGCGACCCGCCGCCGCCGCGCGCCCCGCACGCCAGCGACCAGGUGCUGGGGGCCGGAGUCACCUACGUCGUCAAGUACUUGGGGUGCAUUGAAGUUCUCCGCUCAAUGAGGUCUCUUGACUUCAGUACAAGAACACAGAUUACCAGGGAAGCCAUCAGCCGUGUCUGUGAAGCCGUCCCUGGCACCAAGGGAGCCUUCAGGAAGAGAAAGCCUCCCAGCAAAAUGCUCUCCAGCAUCUUGGGCAAGAGCAACCUCCAGUUUGCGGGGAUGAGCAUCUCCCUGACCAUAUCCACCGCCAGCCUGAACCUGCGGACGCCCGACUCCAAGCAGAUCAUCGCGAACCACCACAUGCAGUCCAUCUCCUUCGCCUCCGGGGGAGACCCGGACACAACAGACUAUGUGGCAUACGUAGCGAAGGACCCUGUUAAUCGCAGAGCUUGCCACAUUCUGGAGUGCUGCGACGGGCUGGCUCAGGACGUCAUCGGCUCCAUCGGACAGGCCUUCGAACUCCGGUUUAAGCAGUAUUUGCAGUGUCCUUCCAAGGUCCCCGCAUUCCACGACCGGAUGCAGAGUCUGGAUGAGCCUUGGACAGAAGAGGAGGGGGACGGAUCAGAUCACCCAUACUAUAACAGCAUCCCAAGCAAGACACCUCCUCCAGGGGGCUUCGUGGAUGUGCGGCUGCACGCCAGACCCCACGCCCCUGACACAGCCCAGUUUGCAGGAAAAGAGCAAACUUACUACCAGGGGAGACACUUAGGAGACCCGUUUGGCGAGGACUGGCAGCAGACACCUGUCCGGCAAGGGUCCUUGGACAUCUACAGCACGCCGGAAGCGAGAGUGCCUGCGGCCCCCGGAGAAGCCCCCACCUACGUGAACGCCCAGCACAUCCCCGUGCAAGCCACGCCGGCCUCGGGCAGCAGCACCGAGAGCAGCCCGCUGAAGGACCUCUUCGACAUGAAACCUUUUGAAGACGCUCUCAGGAACCAGUCCUUGGGGCCUGUGCUGAGCAAAGCAGCCUCCGUGGAGUGCAUCAGCCCCGUCACUCCCAGAGCUCCAGAUGCCAAAAUGCUGGAAGAGCUGGAAGGGGAGCCUUGGUACCAAGGGGAGAUGAGCCGGAAGGAGGCCGAGGGGCUGCUGAAGAACGAUGGGGACUUCCUGGUCAGGAAGAGCGCCACCAACCCGGGCUCCUUCGUCCUCACGGGCAUGCACAACGGCCAGGCCAAGCACCUGCUGCUGGUGGACCCGGAAGGCACGAUCCGGACGAAAGACAGGGUCUUUGACAGCAUCAGCCACCUCAUCAACCACCACCUGGAGAACAGCCUGCCCAUUGUCUCUGCCGGAAGCGAGCUCUGCCUCCAGCAGCCGGUGGAGAAGACCCUGUGACCGGCCAGCCACCCUGUCCUGACCUUGCGCCGGUGGUCAGGAGACCUGGUUCUUCCCGGGAAAUGGGUAUGGGGGGUUCCGGAGACUCGGGCCACUGCCCACAGGCUCAGAGCCUCAUCCAAAUGCUCCAGGAGGAAGGUGUCUGGAAAGUGCAAGUUUCAUAAACUUGUUCCGAUUUUCUCCUGUGCAUAUUAAAGGUGUACAUACCUAUACAUCCUGUACAAAUUAUCCCUCUAUAUUUAUAUUUUUUAAGACUAAGAAAGAUGUAAGACUAAUGUUCUGUGCUGUAUGUUUUUAAUGGGGAAAAAAGUUUGACUAUAGUUGUCCGGGUUAAAAUUUAAUUCAACUGACCCAUUCUACUGAGAAAUUCCACUAGGAAGGUGUCACCUGCAGUUUUACCUGAUAAGCACAACACGGGGACAAGGAGCAGGAGGACUGGUCCUCAGUGCAGAGCCAUAGCAGAAGAAGGCGGGAUGCCACUCAAGGGAGUUUAGCUCUGCACGUAAAGCUCCAGGAACUGCUGGUCCAGGUGGUUGCUGCUCCAAGUUGCUGGCGCUCCUGCUCCUCCGUGAUGUUGCCUCCACCCUCCAUCCCCAGACCGUCCCCGUCACACCUGUGUGCUCGCGGAGCAGGUGGUUCCCGUGCUGUUCCGGGUGGUUCCGAGCACAGGAAUGCUGGCCUCCUUGACCACAGUUGUUCAGGGGUUCAUCAGGAUCUGUUUGACUGACACAUGUGGCACAAGAUGAGCCUCCACGACCGAGAUCUGACCUGGCCAACAUUUCCCUUGUUUUCAUCUGUGUGCGGAGGGCUGCUUGGGGCAAAGCCAUGCUUCCUGGGUCCUUCUAGCCAAUACGAUGAUGGCAGGUUGCUGGGGUAGCUGCUAGGAAUGUGCCCCCAUCCCUGGCAUCCAAUAGGGAGAGAUGCAUGUGUAUGAGCUGCGUCAAAGGCAGAUGUUAACACGAGCGCUUGAUCCGGGACUCUUCUUGCUCUACGUUUGCCUCGGGUUGGUGACUCAGGAGUGUGGGGAACUAGUUGAGGUUUUGUCUCUCGAGUGGUUGGUGGGUAAAGGAUCUGCUGUCUCUACAACAGAUUUCCCAAGUGCUCUGUGGAAAGGGCCCAUACCCCUGGCAUCCCUUUGUCUGGGUUCCUUCCUUUGAGCUAAAACACUCUGAUUUCUUACCUGAUCAUUCGGUGUCAACAAGGUUUCUGACUUAAAAAAAAAAACAAAAAACAAAAAACACCUGGGUUGAGCUUACCUGGUGACUUGACACAUGCUGUCUUUUAAAAGCCAGAAGCUUCCAUUCGUUGGUUGGUGCCCAGUUGUGGGCACCACAGCCUAGGCUCCCAUCCCGUGCAGUCCCUCAGCAAGUGGCAGCCUGGGUCAGUGCAACGGGACUUUCUGCACACUUAACAGCAGGUCGGUAAUAAAUUCUGUGCUUCAAGAAUGAGGCGUUAAGGGUAGAUUUUACAAACUCUGAGGAGUAAGAAUUCUGCAAAGUUAGACCAAAUGAACCUGAUUUCUGUUCCUAGGGUGUGUGUGUGUGUGUGUCCAGGAUGGAAGAUGGGGUGGAGCUCAUGGGCAGGAAUGGGUUGGGCAGGUCCACAGGUUUUGUGUGGAGCCCUCUUAGGACUUUUUGUCCUUCGAGGGUCUAGGAAUCUAAGACAACAGUGGCUUAGGCUUCUAGAAUGUUCCACUGUGCAUUCGAACUAACCUAGGACCACCUAGCUCUUCCUAGAGCAGUUCUGGUUUCAGCCAUGGCACAGACACCAUGCCCCAUGUUACCCAGAAGUAGUGGGAGCUGAACAGGGCUGGGGCAGCAGCUGGUGGGGUUCCUGCCCUGUGGUGAUAUAGACGGGGGGGUGGGGUAGCUAUGGGAACUGCCCUGUGUCCCAUCCCCUGCAGCCCCGCAGCCCUGUACACACACACACACACACACACACACACACAUCCCACCCGCGUGUGCAAGUGUCCACACAUAUAAAAAUGCAUAAAACAACUUCCCUCUCAACGGCCUGCGAGGCCCAGCAAGGGCAUCUUAAGCACGCACCCCAAAUGCUAAUGUUUAAGGGCGAAGUAGGAAAGGCUGGUGAGGGACCCUGAGCCCCGGGACAUUGACCUGCCUCCUCUGCCCUCUCGGGGAGGCCAGAAGUGAGUGGUCUGCAGGUGUGGGAGCUCUUGCUGUGAAGUCACUGGUUAGCGCAGUGGUGGUAAGCAGUAUAGAUCACGUUUCUUUGCAUGAGAAUCCAUUUAGAAAAUUAGAAAUAUUGGGGGGAGAUCAAAUUUUGUUUCAAUUUUAAUUCAAAAUGUGUACUUUUGAGUUCAGAUUCCAGGAUUGCUUAUAAUAACAGCAUUGCUGUUGGGAAACUGUGCUCCUUCGUAGCCACCGGGGCGCCCUGCAGACCUGGCGGACGGCUGCCACUCCCUUGCCCGUGUCCCCCGCCAUGUGAUGUAUGGUGUGGCUUUAGGGGUCACCUCAGCUCCCCCACAGUGCUGUGUGAUGGGCACUAUGGGGAGCCUCACUUGCUGGUGGAGAAACUGAGGCACAGUGGGCGGGCAGAGCUGUUGUGCUCCCUGCACGUGUCUGGGCACCGCCGUGUGCCUGCAGCUAGGAUUCCUGGGCUAAGACGGGUCUCACCCUGCGCAGCCUGGGGCCCCCCUGCCUAGUCAGACUGCAUCUCUGCCAGGGCAGGGCUGCGUGUUCCGGGACCUCUGAGUCCCUGGCUACGUACACUGCUCACUGUGCCUGGACCCCUGGAGCCCAUGGUGGCCUUGGGCCCGCUGCUCCCCAGGGGCCCCUGCCUCUCCGCCCAGGCCUCUGGGUGUGCUGGGAGUGUACGGCAGGUCAACAUGGGCCCUGGAGACCCCUACCCCCCACCGCCACCCCCCUCACCCUCGUGUGUGCAUUAGUGGCAUUUUCAAGGGCCGUCCUUGCCCCACGAGAGCCUAGGCAUUCCCCGUGGGGCUGUUCCCAGUGGUGCCAGCGAGCUCUGAUGCUCAAGGCCCCGAGGCACUCAUGUCUGAUGGCCGACACGUCCUAACAUCUCCCCAUUGCGGCCGAUCCCAACUCUGUCCCCCCAGAAGCCACCACUCUUGGGCUUUUCAUACUUGAGACGCCACAGGACCCAGGGGCCGCUUUGCUGUGACCUGGGUUUCAUUUGAACAACCAUCUGUUUAGCGCUGUCUCGGGGGUUUGGGAGGCUGGGUGGACAGGAGCCCUGGUGCAGGACAUUUGGUGUCCCAAGGGGUCAUGAGGAGGAAGGCAGCACGGGUGAUGCCCCAUGAAGGCAGGAGAGACAAAGCCUGUGCCAAGGGCAAGGCCUGGCUUGGGAGGAGUGGGUAGGGCAGCCGUCAGGGUGGCCCCCGAGGGCCUGCGCUCCGAUGCUCGCCACUGCCUCCUGGCUCCGGCCAUCCUGGGCUCCUUAGAUGGAGAGCUCCCUUCAGGUGCUGCCUGAUGCCUGGUGGCUCCUUCACAUAAGUGACACAUACAAACUGAUGUCCUGGUCCUUCUUUGCCUGAAUGGGUCCCUAGGUGGAGGCAUUUCCUGCGAGAUCACAGGCCUCUGUCAGAGCCAUGUGGCCACCCGCUUGUCGCUCGGUGUCUCUGGGCGGUGGCUGGCCUCCUGCACCCCGCUGCUGUGAGAUGGAGCGGGAGGUGCCAGCGAAAGGACAGAAACAGGAAGGACAGGUGCUUCCCAGGAUGCUGCAUGCACAGGCAUGAUGGUUCUCUCACCGCCCGCAUACGUAGCACACCUGGGGUCCAUUUGAGCCCUUCUGUGGGCAGUGUGAUAGGCUGAUUGGAAAGGGGACGGAGAUUGUGGAAAUACUGCACUGGGUCACGGUAUGUCACAGACAAAUUUUGGUCAUGAGUUUUAGGAUAAUAUCUGGCUCUGUAGUGAAACUUUAAAAAUGGGUCCUGAGAAUGAUGAAUUGGAAAAACCACUUUACAGGAAGGUAUUGUGAACCUGGGUGUGCCAGGGGCCCCCAGAAGAUGACCAGCAAGGGAGUGUUAGAGGAUCGUGAAGCUGCAGAAGCCCCUUUCAGUGGGGCACCUGAGGCCAGGUGACCCGCUGGAGUGUGGUGACAAUUAGGAGCACAGAACUUAUUAGGGUCCUUUACAGUUCGCGUAUAAAGCUCAGCCCCUGGUAGAGAACGACACAUAGCUCUUCCCUCCUCAUUGGGUUCGCAUUUAUGCUCAUUCUUUUUGCAAAAUAUAUAAAGACGGGAGUCCUACAUGGACAAGGAAGUGUUUGGGGCUCUUCAGAGACAGACUCCUAUAGGGCAAGUCACCACCAUGUAGAAGACUAAGGUCACCAAGGCUCUGAGGGACAGCAGGAGACAGGCCCGGGCACAUGUCAGUGCUCACCCAGCAGCGCCUAGCCACUGGCCCAUCGCGGGUGGGGAACAGGCCCUGUGCACACCUGAGCCGGGGAUCCUGGGCAGAAGGACAGGCUUGCAGGCUAAGCGGGCCUGCAGGCUAAGCGGGUCUGCAAGGGGCCCACAGGCCCCACCCCAGGAGUCUGUGCAGGGCCCAGGAAUUUGCAUUCCUAGUAAACUGGGCAAUGCUGGUGGCAAGUGUGGACUUUGAGGACCACCACCAGGUGCGGUCCCCCGCCAAACUAUGGCUUGCCGAGGGCUUCCCCCACCGCCCCCCCGCCAAACUAUGGCUGUGUUUUCCCACCACCUCAUGUCAUGGAGCCCAGAGUCUGUGCUCUGAGUUUUAAAAGUGGAGGAUUAAUAAGCAUUUAAAACUCCAUGCAAUCACUGCUGGCAGAUAAAAUGCCAUCUGCCAGCCACAAUUUAUUUAUAAUGGGGUUUAUACAUAUUUAUAAGUUUGCAAGCAACAAAUGCACAGUUUUAAAACUGGCACAUUUUAUAGCAGCCAGGAAAACUGCAAUUUUAUACCAGGACUUUGAAUGUCAAUCGCGCACAUGCACACAUACCUAUGCUGAUUGUGACGGGUGUGCACCUGUGUGUGCGCACAUGCAGCCUGGCCACGAGGCUUGCGCCUCAACACUCCUCCCCGCGCUUCGGUAUUUCUCAUCAAGAAGGACACGCAGAAAGUUAAACAGAUGUGAAGCAUUUGGGGACUGCAGGUCCUGGCCUCUGCAGACACGGCGGGGCGGGGUGGGGGGCAGGCUCCUGAAUGCUGUAGGACGUGGGACCCACCUGCAAAUGGAGCAGGAGCAGACAGGAGGGCCACAGGGGCGGGGGGCCGCUGUGGAGGUGACACAGGGGCAGCAGGGGAAGACGAGGCCAAGAGGGCAACGGUGCAGGAGGAGGGAGACAAGAAGGAGGGUCUGGGGACAAGCAAGUCCAGCCUCACGUCCUGCUUCCACCUGGCAGCAUGCAGCGCGGGUCAGAGGACAGAGAGGAAUGACGAGGGGCCAGCGUGGAGAAGCUGUCCCCAGCAGGUGCGCUGGGCGUGAGCAUCUGCCUGGGCACAGCCAUGUGCGCUGCCUGGCUUGUAAGCAUUUCCGACCAGCCCCCUCUUGGCCUUGUCUGUGCGUUGGUUCCUGUGUGGCAGGCACGGUGCUGGGCUCCUGGUAGGAAGCGGACAUGCACAGGGCGUGACAGUGCAAGAAGCCUGAUGGCUGGCGUGGUCAAGUGCAACAGGGCCACGGAGGCCGGGGCUCCCAGGUGGGCCUGGGGAGUCUGCAGGUUUUACGAGCUGGGAAGCAGGUGGGAGGAAGGCAGGGUAGAGGGUGUGGGGGGUGGGGGGCAGGGAACGAAGGACUCCCUCUGGCUCCUCACCUUCUGGAGGACUGGGAGGACCAUUGUCAUUCAGGGAAGCACCAGACGUGAGGCUUCCACUAGGUCACUUCCUGUGUGGUUGCUUCCUCAUGCAAUGUAGUGGGGAGAAAUCCGCAAGUGGUCCUGUGUGCCACAGCCGACAGCUCGCGCUCACACGGGACAUUUCUCCCACAACCAGAUUUUCUACCUAAGCAGCCAUCAACACAGCAGAAACAUCUGUGGGCAUAUCCAUCCCUGAACACUGAAUUAGCUUUUUCUGUAAUGACCGUGUGUCGGUGGCAAGUGGAAUGUUCUCUGCUCAUUUGCCUUUUGAAUAAAACUCGUUCCAGAAUAAAUAUCGUUAAAAAUGAAGUAUGUGGAUGUUUCUGUGCAUUCAGAAUUAAACAUCUGAUGUUAAAAAUCCAAGGAUUAAGAGGGAACUCCGUGUAGAAUUUCAUGUGUCACGAUGUUUCUUACUCUUUGACGAGUAUUCGGAUGGCAAAGUUAUAUCUGCUGAUAAAUAUUAUUUGAGAAUUUUGUGUUCUGUCUUCCAUCAACUUCUGUGGAACAAAUAAGGAUUGCCGGGAAGGUGUCUGUCUGUCUGGGGAUGUUGCUGAUUCAUCACUUUAUUCCGCAUGGAUGCUGGAACGGCAUUUGGAUUCCAGGGAGCGGAAUUACCAAACCGAUCUCAAGCUUUCCAUGCGCCGUUUCGUGCAAACUGGGGACGCCCAAGCCGUGUCUGGGGGACAGAGCAGAGGCUCCACAGCUCGGCGGGGAAGGGGGCAGCUUCCACAGCUUCCUUCCCUCUGCGAACCCACUUCACUCCUUCAGGAAGUGAUGUGGCUUCAGUCAGGGCCCCGUGUGCCUGGGGGCGGCCACCGAGCAGAGGGGCCACGUGGAGUCCCCCAGGGUCCCUUCCGUCGCCCGGGGCUCGUGUGGGCCAUGCCACCCUUGUCCUUCUCACUGGUUAGCAGAAAAUGUGCCUUCAUUUUGGGGAUCACGGUGUGUGCAUUUCUGACUCUGUAGCAAACCCUUUGAUGUUUUGACUUUGAUACGAAGAAAUAUUUGGGUGUUCAGGUUUCGUCCUCGUGGAGACAAUUUUGAAGCAUGGACUUGGUGACACUGAGAUGUUUUCUAUCCCACGCGCCCUGUUUUGUGUCUGUGAAAGGCUCCUUACCGGCGCAGAACCCGCGCCCCCCUCCCCCGGGUCAGGGGUGCAGAGAAGCAGCCGAGAUCUCUGGUUCACUGUUUCAAUGAUCGUCGGUGUAACUGUGAGCAAUAAAGGAUUGUGUAAAAAGUC